AUGGGUGUGGUUCGUCCAAUAACCAUAAGAAACAAGGUGGAUUUCCCUGUUUACGGGCUAGAUUUCACAGCAGAUGACAUUCUUAUUGCUGGAGGAGGUGGUGGAGCAAAUCGCUCUGGCGUCAAGAAUAAUUUGGUUUCUUUCAAGGUUGAUCAAGCAAACCGUAAAUUGGAGCAGAUGGACGCAAUGCUAUUAUCCGACAAGGAAGAUUGCCCAAUGUCCAUUGCCUGUCAUCCCAAACUGCCUUUGUUGGUAGCUGGAAUCAACAGUUCGGAAGAUGAGAUCAAACUGGGGCACAACUUGAAUUGCCGUGUAUUUGAUACAGAAUAUGGCAAACUCCAGUUAAAAUCGGCAUUAUCCACAAGCACAUGCAAAUCCAUUGAUGAAUAUCAAAGAGUCACUCGUUUUAGCAGAUCAGGAGACUACUUGGUAACAGGAUUCAGUGAUGGAAAGAUCUCGGUACUGAGAACCCAAGAUUGGACAUUGUGCUUCCCAUCAUUGCGAUUCAAGAAUGUGCAAGACAUCGACAUUGACAUUCGAGAAGAGCAUGUAGCAGUAGCAACAUCAAGUGCCCUGAUCAUCUUAUCCAUCCAGGAUGGCACUGUAGUUCAGGUGAUUGAUAGCCCCAAAUUAAACAGGAAUACUGUAUGUGAAAUUCGUGCUUGUCGAUAUGGGGUCACCCUUAAAGGAGAAGAGACGCUGUAUGCUAUUGUAAAUCCAACUUCAAGAGGUCGUGGAUUUGUCUGUGCUUGGAAAUUGAGAAAAAGGGGACAUCAGUAUCCAGUUCACAAAGCAAGAACAGCGGGUAUUAGCCGGAAAACGAUAACAAGUUUUAGUAUAAACCCCACAGGUGAUAUUCUUGCCUACACAUCAACUGAUUUGAGCAUUGGAUUCAUUGAUGCUCAGGGAUUGAAACCGUUAUUAAAAGUAGAAAAGGCACAUGGAUUUGCCAUCACAAGUUUAGCCUUCAAUUCGUCGGGCAAUCUCCUGGCAAGUGCAGGAGCAGACAACUGCUGCAAGGUCAUGAUAAUUCCCAAGCAAGCUAUCCAAGAUAACCGAGAAUACUUUUUAACCAAACCUCUCUUGAUUGUUCUGGACAUGGUCUUAUUCGCACUAUGGAUGCACGUUUUGGUUGAAAUGGUAGAUGGAGGCACGCUCUCCAGCUAUUGA